AUGGGAAAGAAAAACCACUCUAGCCACAAGGAAGUCACCGAGAGAGAAGAUAAGCACAGACCUAAAUCUAAAGCCGAGAAGAAGUUGGAACAACACGAACAUAAGCUUAAGAAACAAGCUAAACUUGAAAGUGCCAAGAAGGGAAUGGACUAA